UCACUUCGAACAUAGACUCACUCGCCUUGAAGAUCGUGGCCGCUCAGGUGAAAAUCUGCCUGACCAAUUUCAAGCUCUCCGAAUUCGAAACGAUGUUCUCCACAGCUAAUUUCUAACAUCCUCCCGUAACCUCGGGCUCCGCCGCGUUUCCCAAAAUCGGCCUUGUCAAAAUCCAGCGAAAUCCGAGUAUCCAGCAGACCGGCUCCGCGCGUCGCUCUAGCAUCGCCAGACGAACCCAGGUCGUCGAGGGACGCAGGACGCAACGCCACACACGUCCCCCAUUUUCGGCGCGCUCUCUCGCCCGUGUACUUGUGCGCACGUUUGCGUGUGUGCGUGUGAAUGCCGUGACCAGCGACGACAGACGAAAGAGCAAGCGAGAGAGAGAGAGAGAGAGAGAGAGAGAGAGUCGUCGGUGCGUUCGAGAAAGCAAAGUCGCCGCCGUACAUCGCGCCGAACAACAUCCUCGCAAGAGGCCAAGAGACAAGAGAGCAGCAGUUGCGGGCAAUUACUCCGGAGGAGGUUUAUUAGCUCGUACGUUGUUAUAAAAGGGAUAUUGUAUGAGUCAAAAAAUAGAAAAGCCAGUGUUGUCAGGUCAACGCAUAAAGACCCGAAAGAGAGAUGAAAAAGAAAAGUAUGAUCCAACUGGAUUUCGCGACGCGGUCAUUUCUGGUCUUGAAAAGGCCGGUAACGACUUAGAAGCCAUCUCAAAGUAUUUGGACACGGCUGGCUCCAAGUUGGACUACCGUCGCUACGGUGAAGUCCUCUUUGACAUUUUAAUCGCUGGUGGUCUUCUGGUACCAGGUGGAUUCAUCGCUCAAGAUGGAGACAAACCAGUCAAAACAACAGCUUGCGUCUUCGAACAGCCGGAGGAUAUGGAGUCCAUGCGCAAUUUUGAGCAGGUCUUCCUUAAACUCACGCGUCGGUACAAAUACUUGGAGAAGAUGUUUGAAGAGGAAAUGAAGAAGGUGCUUGUUUUCAUGAAAGGAUUCACCCCAGCAGAAAGAAUCAAAUUAGCAAGAAUGACUGCUUUAUGGAUUUCCAAUGGAGCUGUACCACCAACUGUGCUUUCUGUUCUCAUUAACGAACAUCUUGUUAAGGAUAAUCUCGCAUUAGAUUUCCUUCUGGAGGUCUUUGUUACGUGGAAACAAGAAAAAGGCCUACCCAGUCUGAUGACUGCACUCAAGAAAGGAGGCAUUGAAGGAAGGCUGAUGGAAUUUGUGCCACCAAACAAAAGGACAGAUGAGUAUUUCAGAUCCGUUUUCGAGAAUGCUGAUUUGGCCGACAUUGUGAAACUCCACAAAGCUCAAGCAAGUCAAGAGGCCAAACGCGAUCUUCAAGAUUUACUCUUGGACGACCUGGCUGAUCAGAAACCCAUCAAAGAUAUUGUAAGCGAUCUCAAAGAAAUGGCUCAACGAUGCAAUAUUCCUGAACACGACAUCAUUGGACUGAUCUGGAAUGUAGUGAUGGGUCAAGCGGAAUGGAACAAAAAGGAAGAGUUAGUCGCCGAACAAGCACUGAAACAUUUAAAGAUUUACACACCACUGUUUGGCGCAUUCGCAAACACUGCCAAAUCUGAGCUUGCUCUGAUUCUUAAAGUUCAAGAAUUCUGCUAUGAGAAUAUGAACUUCAUGAAAGUCUUCCAAAAAAUUGUUUUACUCUUCUACAAAACGGACGUAGUUUCAGAAGAAGUGAUCUUGAGGUGGUACAAAGAUGGGCAUUCAGUUAAAGGCAAAAUGCUCUUUUUGGACCAAAUGAAAAAGUUCAUUGAAUGGUUGCAAAAUGCGGAAGAAGAGUCCGAAUCUGGAGAGGACGAUGACUAAUAAAUUUAAAAUACAUUCAAGCAACAUUGCCAGGACACAGUAAUCCAGUAUUCUGUCCAAAAAUGACAAAACUAAUUUUUGGAAGAAGCUUGAUAUGAAACCCUCUGUUUUAAGACAACUUAUUGAGACUUCUGAAAAUGGAACAGAAAUAGGACGUACAAAGUUCCGUAUUUGAACAAGCACCUGAUUUUUUAAAGACGAUGAAUAAAUAAACUAUUGAAAUUGCGAAUCAUUGAUGCUGAUAGAGGGUACUUAUAAUGAUAGCGUGAAAGAUGAUUGUAAAUUUGCAAUGUCUCUGAAUUGUAUUACGUUAAGAAAAAUAUUUUGUGUUACGAUUUUUAUAACUCCACUACAAAGAGUAUGCAGAAUAACGAAGAAAACAAACUAUGCCUGUGUACGUACACUUUUCAGAACCCUUACUUAAUUUGUAUAAUAAUUGUAUCAGUUUAUAAAAAUAUACUGUCAGGUGAUGUUUGAUA